AUGUCGAGGUUUUUCAGAAAGAAGACCAACCCAUAUAAUUUGAGAAGUAAAGGAAAAUUACGUGGGAAAAACACACCACCUACGAGAGUGGACGCCUGUGUUGAGACCGAUUUGCCAUUCGACGAAAGUGACAUAGCCCCGGAAGUAAGACAGGGACCGACCGCCGAAAAAGACACUGAUUCUGAGCCAUUAGAAAACCAUCAAAGAGACUCUGACAAGUUUAACAAGACCAACUUGGAACUUGUAGAUAUCAGCGAAGUUUCUACUAGCGAAGACAGUUCUGACAGUUUGGAGCCACCUUGCCCUGGUAAUACCCAGGAUACUGAGGAAAUAAACACGUUAACAGAAGAAAUAGACAUUUUCCAGGAAGAGGAAAAUUUUACAGAUACCGCCCUUGCGACAGGUGGACAACAGGUACCAGAGAGUACAUUACACCUCGUUGAUCAUACGUCAUUCACGCCACCUGGUACAACUUUCGUAGUGAAUAACAGUACAUCUUCUGGUGGACAACAGUUGCCAAUUAUUACUUCACCUGGCGACAUUUACGAACAUUUCCAGCGUGGUAGUUACGAGGGAGGAUCACUCUGUGACGACUCUCCCAACGCUGAUUCGAGUCCCUUACUCGUAAACCUUACUGACGCUGAUACCAGUUCGAUUACCUCUAGCAGCGCUGAUAGCUCAAUUUCAACUACCAUGGAGGGAGAAUACAUCCGUGCCCUUCAGGAACUCACUCAGAAAUUAUUGAAUAAGGAUGUUCACAUUAAUAAAUAUCACGGAUAUGAAAACGAGGACAUAAACCGCUGGUUUGAGAAACUAGAGUUGGUUUUGGAGUCUAAGGGAAUUCCACUGGAUGUUCCAGCCGCUAGAACACAGCUCAUUAAUAACCUCGCUGGGCCAGCAGAAACAUUCAUGUUUGAAUUACCGCCUGAGGAGCGAGGAAGCUUUAUGCUUUUAAAACAGGCCCUGGUGAAACGUUAUUCGACUAAGGACCGUGCUUGGGUUAAGCGACGGAGGCUAGUUGCUCGCCGUCAAGGCCCCCACGAAUUAUUGUCAGACUAUAUCAAUGACAUGCACGAACUAUUUAGCGGGUUAAACAUGGCCGAGGUAGACAAAGUCACGUAUUUCACUGAGGGUCUAACCCAACCAUUAAAAAUUAAAGUGCUCGAGCGAAUGCCAGAAACACUUUUACAAGCAGAGGAAGUGGCUAGGACCGUUAAUUCAAUAUCUCAACGUGAGAAUACCACUAAAGAGGGUGACCAGAUCGAGCGAUUGAUCGAGGCGCUCAACCGUAGCCAGCAGGUACCAUCUCAAGUACCAUCUAAUAGUGCCCGUAAUACCCUUCAGCCUCAACUUAUUCAAGCUCAUCUUGAGAAAUUGACUCAAGGACUAGACGGCCUGACACCUAUAACCACACACAAGGUUGCUGCGUGUUCAGAGCCCCGAGGAAACUAUGAACGAAAACUGGACGAGCUUACGAACCUUAUGCAGCGUAUGGAGGGUCAGUUACAAGACCAAAUUAAAAACCUA